AUCAGCUCGGAAUUUCUACUGAAUGAGAGGGUGAAUGUGUCGCUGAACACAUUAGGAAAGGCACAGGAUGGAUUUUGGGGGUGUUUACUAUUUAAAAUGGACCUGAACGGAACGGGAGCAGAUAAAGCGAGCUGGUCUGCUGAUGUGACUGAAGACCAAAGAGAGUAGCUAAAAAUCUGGAAACUGUGUCAGACUUCGUGGCUGAGUUGCUGUUCAGUGCGCAGGAGGAUCAAGGCCAGAGACAGCGGUGAGGAUGGGAGGUGGGGGCCAGCUGACAGAGCCGGGCAGCGGGCGUGCUGGAGGCGUCUACACCUGGGAGGAGGUGCAGAGCCACAGCAGCAGGAACGACCAGUGGCUGGUCAUAGAUCGAAAGGUUUACAACAUCACUCAGUGGGCCAAAAGGCAUCCAGGAGGGUUUCGUGUCAUCAGCCACUACGCUGGAGAGGACGCCACAGAGGCGUUUGCUGCUUUUCAUCCUAAUCCAACGUUUGUGCAAAAGUUUCUGAAGCCCCUGCAGAUCGGAGAGCUGGCAGCGUCAGAGCCCAGCCAGGACCGGAACAAAAAUGCAGCAAUCAUACAGGAUUUCCACACUUUACGUGCACAGGCAGAGAGCGAGGGUCUGUUUCGAGCUCGGCCUUUGUUCUUCUGCCUCCACCUGUGUCACAUCGUGCUCCUGGAGGCCCUCGCCUGGCUGAUGAUAUGGCACUGGGGAACUAACUGGAUGCUGACGCUUCUGUGCUCGGUCAUGCUGGCGACCGCUCAGUCGCAGGCUGGGUGGCUGCAGCACGACUUCGGCCACCUGUCUGUCUUCAAGAAGUCCCGCUGGAAUCACUUGUUGCACAAGUUUGCGAUCGGCCAUUUAAAGGGAGCCUCUGCCAACUGGUGGAAUCAUCGACAUUUCCAGCAUCACGCUAAACCCAACGUCUUCAGAAAGGACCCUGAUGUCAACAUGUUGAGCAUCUUUGUAGUUGGAGCCACUCAACCUGUGGAGUAUGGCAUAAAAAAGAUCAAACACAUGCCCUACCAUCGCCAACACCAGUACUUCUUUCUUGUCGGACCACCGCUGCUCAUUCCAGUUUUCUUCCACAUUCAGAUAAUGCACACCAUGAUCUCCCGCCAUGACUGGGUGGAUCUGGUUUGGUCCAUGUCGUACUAUCUUCGCUACUUCUGCUGUUACAUACCCCUGUAUGGCCUGCUGGGCUCAGUGGCGCUCAUCAGCUUCGUCAGGUUUCUGGAGAGUCACUGGUUUGUGUGGGUGACUCAGAUGAAUCAUCUGCCAAUGGACAUCGACCAUGAGAAGCACCAGGACUGGUUAACCAUGCAGCUACGGGCCACCUGUAAUAUCGAACAGUCCUUCUUCAACGACUGGUUCAGUGGGCACCUCAACUUUCAAAUCGAACACCAUCUGUUUCCUACGAUGCCGCGCCACAACUACCACCUGGUGGCCCCGCAUGUACGUGCACUGUGUGAGAAACAUGGGAUUCCUUACCAAAUGAAAACUAUGUGGCAGGGCCUCACUGAUAUUGUCAGGUCACUGAAAAACUCAGGAGAUCUCUGGCUUGAUGCAUAUCUCCAUAAAUGACAAAGUGUAUUCCCUACACUAUACCUGAAAGGAGUGGUGUUUCUCUCCUCUUCUGCAUCACAAAUCGAUUGUAUCUGUUUGGUUUUAUAAUCCAGUGAAGUGUGGGAAUGAUCUUUUCUCUCCGUUGGUGUUAUAGUUAAGUCUUAGCUUACUUUUCAGAUUCUGUGCAGGAUUUAUUUUAGUGCACGUAGGAUUGCCUUACAGUAUCUUGAGCAACAGUAGUAUGCUGUUAUAAAUACAACAAUGAAAAACUGAUCGUGAGUUAUUUACAGUGAUGUUUUUUUUUUUCUUUAUCUAUCAUGUGUGAUACCGUUUGAACAAUAAAACAUGACCAUUACGCUGACAAAUGCCAGCUCCGGUGUAACAGGGUUAAAAUGUUCUGCACUUGUAUUUAUCUCCUGUCAAACCUAAAGUUUCCUUCUUUAACUGCAACUCUUUUCUCAUCUUCUGAUACAACAAUAAAGAAACUGUGU